UGUAUUUGUAGAGAAAUAAAGAAAAAACAACAACUAACCUCAUAAAAAAGUUCAUACAUUUGUCGCAAAAAAAGAAAAAUAGAAAAAGAGAAGCAAAUGCAAAAAGUGUCAAAGAAGUGAAAAACAAGCAGAAAAGGAAGAAGCAGCAGCAGCAGCAAUAGAAUCCAGCAGAAGCAGCGAAAAGCAGAAGGAAAAGCCAAGUUUGACUCUCUCUCUCUUUCUCGCUCUUACAUAAAUGGAAAAUAAUUCCUGAGAUUGCGCUGCUAGGAAAAUUUUGCGGAUUUGCAUUUCACCUUCCGUUAGCUCCGGGAGCUGGGAGUUUGGGAGUUUCUUUUGUGGAUUAUUACGCCCUCUCGCGUGCUCUCUCACUCUCACCCCCAACCUCUCCCCACGAUUGUCGCUCACUGUGGGUGCGAGCAGGCCAGCAAGCCAAGGAAUCAUCACCUGCCCAUCGCCACCCACUGCUCAUUGCCACCCGACCCCCGCGCCCUCUCUUCAUCUUUUGGAUGCUGUCUAUAAAUCGGGAACGCGCAUAUCCAGAGCAGAAAUUGCGACUAUUUUGGAUUUAUAAAAAGUUUUGAAAAUGAACCAUUUGGCCCGAGGGCCGAGGCCCUGUGUCUCCCUGCGUCGUUGCCUGGCUAAGAAGUCAUCAGAAGUUCGUCACACAAGGCAGCGUCCGAGCUCAUCGCCACCCGCCAUCAGUGCCAUCAGUGUCAUCCGCAUCCGCGCAUCCAGUAAUCGCAGCACCUGCCCCAGCCAUCCGAUCAGCUCAUCCGCCGGCAGCACGUUCCUAGGCACCACUGGUAGUACUUUGGGCCGCCCGCGCAGUGCGGCCGCCCGAUCGUUUGCGUCUGCAUGGAGUCAAUGAGACGUAACGAGGCGAACACUAGCCACCACCCGAAUAAGGUGGCCCUGAAUAGCAGCAACGUAGCAACGGAAAGCAAUAUUAAGAAUAAUAAAUUGUUAGCUAAUUUAAGUGCGGCAGGAGCAGCUACAGCUACAACGGCAACAACAGGAACAGCAACAACAACGACGGCGACAACGGCGAAUCAAGCGCUGAAUUUCAAUAACAAAACGAAGGCAACAGCAACAACAAACGCAGCCGCAGCAUCGGCGAAUAAUCGGCACAAUAACAACAACAAUUCCAGUGCGAUCAAGAAGCACACAAAUACGAAACAAUUAGCUGGCAAGAGCCCCGCUUGCAACUCCUCCUCCUCGUCGCUCUCCUCGUCGAGCAGCUCCAACUCGAGCGAGUCGAAGGACACGAACUUUGAGUACGAGGACGAGUGGAACAUUGGCGGCAUACCAGAGCUGCUGGACGACUUGGACGCGGAUAUUGAGAAGUCCGCGCAUUCUUCGGGUGGUGGCAACCAGGCUACCGCGCUAAAUGCCAAGCAGGCAAACAGCUCCUCCACAUCCUCCUCAUCAUCCUCCAAGAGCGGCGCUUCAUCCUCGUCAUCCUCAGCAGCAACGGCGGGAUCCUCAUCGUCGCAUAAAUCGCACAAAACCACAUUGCACAGCAAUUUGUCGGCCACAUCGCCAACCACAAUUAAGUUCACACGCCAGCCGGUGGCCAUUGGCGGAGCUAACUCCUCCUCAUCCUCCUCAGCAGCUGCGACGCCCAGUGGUGGCAGUGCGAACGUGGUGGCCAAGGGAUCAUCUUCUUCCUCGUCCUCCACAUCUUCCUCAUCUUCGGGGAAGCAUCAUCACCAUCACCACCAUCACUCAAACUCGAGCAGCAGUGGGAGCAGUUCAAAGGGCUACAAGUCCGCUUUGGUGGCUCAACUGAACAGUCCGAGUCCACUGAACAGCAACUCCAAGUCCCUGAGUGGAUCGGGGAGUGGAAGCGGGAACACAAACGGUGCAGCGGGAGCUGGAGCCGGCAGCACCUUGUCAUCCUCGACAUUUGCCGGUUUCUCCAAGGGCGGCAGUUUAGUGUCUUCGUCGGCAGGAGCAGCAGCAGCUUUAGCGGCUGGCAGUGGACAACAGGGCUCCAAAUUCUCCGCUGGCGGCAUGUCCUCGCAAACGGGCAGCGGCAGCGGCGGCAACAACACUAGCAACAGCAACAACAGCAGCAGCGGAAGCGGAGGCAGCGGCUCGGGCAGCAGCACAGGGAACACCGCCAGCGGUAGCGGGAACAGCAACAGCACAAGUGCCGGUGGGCCGCCGAGUUCGCAAGGCGGCAACAGCGGAAACGGUAGCGGUAGCAGCUCCAGCUCCUCCAGUGGCAAAUCGAGCGCAAAGAUGUCCAUAGACCACCAAGCGACGCUCGACAAAGGACUCAAAAUGAAGAUCAAGCGCACGAAGCCGGGCACCAAAAGCUCGGAGGCCAAACACGAGAUUGUGAAGGCCACCGAUCAGCAACAGAACGGAGCCCUGGGCGCCGGAUCCAAUAACUCGGCCAACGAGGAUGGGAGUUCCGGUUCCAGUUCCACCAACGCAUCUUCCCUGGGGAGCACCAAUUCAUCGAGCAGCGCAAGCAGCGGCAGCUCCUCCAGCAGCGGCAGUUCAUCGAGCAGCAGCAAGAAGCAUCUAAACAAUGCCAGUACCGGUAGUGGCUCCUCCUCUUCCGGAGGAGGCAGCCAAAACAAUGCCGGUGGUCAUGCCAGCGGAGGGGGAUCCUCCGGUGGCAGUCAGUCUACGCCGCAGGGCACUAAACGCGGAAGUUCGGGUCAUCGGCGCGAGAAGACCAAGGACAAGAACGCACAUUCCAAUCGCAUGUCCGUGGACAAGUCAGCGGCUGCUGCAUCGGCGGCCGGCGAGAAGGAUACACCUGAGAAGUGUUCCGGUACGGGAGCUGGUGGAUCUCCCUGUUCAUGCAACGGAGAGGUGGGAGCUCCUUGCUCCCAUCAUGCCUGCAUUCGCCGUGCCGCACACAUGUCCAACUCCGGAGGCAAUGCAAAUUCGAGUGCCGGCACUGGGCAAACCGGUGGCUCAUCCUCCAUGUCAGCAGUGCCACCGGGUGUGUUCACACCUUCAGCGGGCUCUCCUUCCGCCGGUUCACCUUCGAACGUGGUGCCUGCAGCUGCCUCACUUCUGGCGGCGACCGGAGCAGCCUCCUCCUCCGCCUCUCAAAUGGCCAGCAGUAGUGCCGGUGGUGUGGGUGGUUCUGGAGGAGGUGCCAAUGCUCCAGGGCCGCCGGGAAAGGAGUCUGCCGGCAGCAUCAAAAUCUCCUCGCACAUUGCCGCCCAACUGGCAGCAGCGGCCGCUUCCAAUAGUUACAGUGGGAGUGGAGCUAACACAAAUCAAGGCCAGAACAACCCUUCUGGCGGCAACGGCGGUUCGGAGAGCAAAGCAGCGGCGGCGGCUCAGGCCAAGUUAAUGGCACCCGGCAUGAUCUCAGCCACCAUGCACCACACGAUCUCGGUGCCGGCGGGCAGUACAGGAACAGGCGACGAUGAUACCAAAUCGCCGCCUGCCAAAAGGGUGAAGCAUGAGGCUGGCGCUAGCGGAGCAGGCGGCGGCAAGGAGAUGGUGGACAUCUGCAUUGGCACCUCGGUGGGCACCAUCACCGAACCGGACUGCCUGGGUCCGUGCGAACCAGGCACAUCCGUGACCCUCGAAGGGAUUGUGUGGCACGAGACCGAAGGCGGCGUUCUUGUGGUCAACGUCACGUGGCGGGGCAAGACCUACGUGGGCACUCUGCUAGACUGCACCCGACACGAUUGGGCUCCUCCAAGAUUCUGUGAUUCACCAACUGAAGAAUUAGAUUCUCGAACUCCAAAGGGACGCGGCAAGCGCGGACGCAGUGCAGGUCUCACUCCCGACCUGAGCAACUUCACCGAGACCAGAAGUUCGAUUUACUUUUCACACGCUCAGGUGCACUCCAAGCUGCGUAAUGGUGCCACAAAGGGACGCGGUGCGACACGCAGUGCAUCCGGUAAUGCGGCAGCGAACAGCAACAGCAGCUCAUCGGGCAACGGAGGUGGGGCCACGCCCAGCACAUCGCCAACGGCAUUUUUGCCACCUCGGCCGGAGAAGCGCAAGUCGAAGGACGAGGCGCCCUCACCGCUUAACGGCGACGCCUCGGAUGGAGCAGCUGGUGGCGGUAUUGGUGGGGCUGGUGGAGUGAACAUGGUGAACGCCAGUGGCAUCCCCAUAUCGGCCAGCGGCGGUGGCCUGGCCACGCAGCCGCAAAGCCUGCUCAACCCGGUCACCGGUCUCAAUGUGCAGAUCAGCACCAAGAAAUGUAAGACUGCUUCGCCCUGCGCGAUCUCCCCAGUGCUGCUUGAGUGUCCCGAGCAGGACUGCAGCAAGAAGUACAAGCACGCCAAUGGGCUGCGUUAUCACCAGUCUCAUGCUCACGGAGCGGGCGGUGGCGCAAGCUCCAUGGACGAGGACUCGAUGCAGGCGCCCGAGGAUCCGGCCACGCCGCCCUCGCCAGGUGUCGCAAGUGGAACCGGAUCAGGAGCAUCGGUGGCAUCAUCGGCAUUACCAGCGACAGCACCGUCAGCGGGUCAGGGAACUGUGCCAGUAUCCCCAAACACGCCGCUCGCGAAUUCAAGCAACCCCGUUACCAAUGGCAAUGUUGCACCCUCGGCACCAGCUACUGGAUCGGUAUCAAUCGCCGCUCCCAGCACCACCCCCUUGGUGGUAGAGACGCAAGCGCCGAUUUCUGGUCCCCCACCAGCCACGCCACCAGCUCCAACUCCCAUCUGCGCAGUUGCAACACCGGGAGCAGAGCAAUCUGCACCAUCAGUAUUGCCACUGGGAAAUCUGCCACUGACGGCAGGUCCAAAUAGCGCGACCCAACAGCAACAGCCUCCCACACAGCAACAGCAACAGCAGUUGCUCGUCCCAGGAGGUAGUGCGGCAAGCCUUCAGCAGCAGCAACAGCAACAGCAGCAACCAGUGGCCGGAGGCAGCAUCACCGCUGGAAUCUCCGGACAGGCCCUGUCGCAGCAUCAACAGCAACUAAUGGGUGGAUUGCCUGCCAUGUUGUCAGACCAGCAGCAGCAGGCCCUGUUGCAGCAGGGAGCACUUAAAGCGGGAGUUCUGCGUUUCGGCCCGCCAGAGGGAAAUCCCCUGCAGCAGCAGCCAGGUCAAACAUCGGUUAAUCCACAGACACAACAGUCGCCUCCAAGGCCCCCGAGUCACGUGCAGGACCAACAGACGCCAUCGGCCUAUGCCCAGCAGGCCGGAUUGAAGACCUCUCCCGGAUUUGGCUCCGUCGGCGUGGGUGCCGCUAGCAGCAAACAAAAGAAGAAUCGCAAGUCACCGGGGCCCAGUGACUUUGAGGGUCGUGUAUCGCGCGAGGAUGUACAGAGUCCGGCCUACAGUGAUAUCUCCGAUGACUCCACGCCAGUUGCCGAACAGGAAAUGCUGGACAAGUCAGUCGGCCAGGCGGUGACGGCCAAGCACAUCGAAUUGAUGGGCAAGAAGCCAACGGAAGUGGGCGUUGGUGUACCGCCAGCCCCGGCACCCAACAUGUAUGUGCCGGGAAUGUAUCAGUUCUAUCCGGCGCAGCAGCAGUCAGCACCUCCACCACAGCAGCAGCAGCAACAGCCGCAAUACAUGGUGCAGACAGAGCCAGGCAAACCACCAGGACUGCCACCUGCUUUGACACAAGCUCAGCAGCAGCAACAAUUGCAGCCGGGUGCUCCUCCGCCUACCUCACAGCCCCCGAGUCACUUGCUAGGUCCACCUGGUCAGCAGUCGGUGGCUGCCCAUCUGGCAGACUACAGCGGCAAGAACAAGGAUCCACCAUUGGAUCUGAUGACCAAGCCGCAGCCCCAGCCUGGUCAGCCGUCCUCUCAACAGCAGCAGCCGGGCCAACUGUCGGUCCAGGAAAACAAUGGCAAGGAGGUUGGACCGCCCACCUCGCAGCCAGGAUCUCAGCCGCCGCCGGUCAACCUCAGUGCAGUGGCUGGGCCGCCGCCUGGAACCCUACCACCCGGUUUGGGUGGUCUCUCCGCUUUGGGAGCAGCCGGUCUAGGUGGUCCUGGACCGGGUAAAGGCAUGCCCCACUUCUAUCCCUUCAACUUUAUUCCGCCUGCGUAUCCAUACAAUGUGGACCCCAACUUUGGGUCAGUUUCUAUUGUAGCUUCGGAGGAGGCCGCCAAACUCAGUGGACAUCCGGGUCUGCCACCCAGCUCACAAGCGCAGCAGUUGUCCGGCAUAAGUAUCAAGGAGGAGCGUCUCAAGGAGAGUCCCAGUCCGCACGACCAGCCGAAGCACAUGCCACCUCAGCAGCAGAUGAUAGCAAGCAAGCUGAUCAAGCAAGAGCCGAUGACCAAGCAGGAGAUCAAGCAGGAGCCAAACUCAAAUCCGGGUCAGCAGCAUCCGCCGCCGCAACAGCAGCCAGCGCCUCCGCCGCAGCAACAACAGCAGCCACCCCCGCAGCCACAACAGCCGCAUGCCCUGCAUCCCAAGGAUCUACAGGCACUUGGCGCCUAUCCCGCCAUUUACCAGCGCCAUUCCAUGAGUCUGGCCGUGCAGCAGGCUCGCGACGAGGAGCUGAGACGGUAUUACAUGUUCACGGGACGACAGAAUCAGGCGGCCGCCGCUGCUGCUGCGGCAGCUCAAAACGCUGCCAGUGGCGGUCUUCCACCUCAUCCCGGCAUGAUGCACAAGGAUGAACCCGGCAUGGGAUCGGCGCAGCAACAGCAGCAGCAGCAACAACAACAGCAGAUGCAAAUUGCCCAGCAGCAACAGCAGGCCAUUCAGCAGCAUCAUCAGCACCUGCAGCAGCAGCACCAGGCCCAGCAACAGCAGCAGCAACAACACCAGCAGCAGCAGCAACAGCAGCAACAACAGCAGCAGCAGCAGCAACAACAGCAAAAGUUAAAGCAGUCACAGGCGGCUAGUGCGGCGGCAAACAACAAGGCCACCAACCUGACGAAGGAUUCUCCCAAACAAAAGGGCGGCGAUGACGAUCAGCCGCUGAAGGUGAAACAGGAGGGCCAAAAGCCGACCAUGGAGACGCAGGGCCCGCCACCACCACCAACGUCGCAGUACUUCCUCCACCCUUCAUACAUUUCCCCGACGCCCUUUGGGUUCGAUCCCAAUCAUCCAAUGUAUCGCAACGUGUUGAUGUCAGCCGCCGGGCCGUACAAUACGGCACCGUACCACCUGCCCAUCCCUCGCCCAUACCAUGCCCCAGAAGAUCUCUCGCGAAACACCGGCACCAAGGCGCUGGAUGCACUGCAUCACGCGGCCAGUCAGUACUACACCACCCACAAGAUCCAUGAGCUCAGCGAACGGGCCCUCAAGUCGCCCACCAGCGGCAGCGGCCCCGUCAAGGUGAGCGUCAGCAGUCCCAGCAUUGGGCCGCCUCAACAAGGCGGACCCACGAGCAGCGGCCCCGGAUCCGGACCAGUUUCCGGCGUCCUCGGCCCCGGCAGCGGUCCCAACCAGCAGCCCGGCUCGGCACCUGGGUCUGCGGGCGGUGUGCCGCUGAACCUACAGCCACCACCCGGAGGAAUGGGCCCGGCACCCGGCAGCAAGCCGGAUCUGUCCGGCCCGAAAGGACAUGGCGGAGUGACGCCUGGUUCGUCAUUGGACGGCCACAAGCAGUCGAUGCCCGGAGGUCCGCCACCAAACGGGCCAUCGGGCAAUGGAGCCGUGGGCGGAGUGGGAGGCGCUGCCGGCAAUGGCGCAGCGGGAGGCGGCGGUGCAGGUGCCGCCGACUCACGCAGCCCACCACCGCAGCGCCAUGUGCACACCCACCACCACACGCACGUCGGCCUCGGCUAUCCCAUGUACCCGGCGCCCUAUGGAGCGGCUGUUUUGGCUAGCCAGCAGGCGGCUGCUGUAGCUGUGAUAAACCCGUUUCCGCCGGGUCCGUCGAAAUGAGAUCCACUGAACGGUAACAACGAGAAGAAGGCGUAUAACGUAAAGAACAACUAGUGUGGAGCGGAAAGUCAUGGUGCCCGCCCGUGCAUAGUGCAUUUGCUAUUUUCUGAGAUCCCCAGACAGACAGAGUGGGAGAAGGAUAAGGCUUUGUUCCCCGUUGGAUUCCAGCUUCUUCCCGUCGAAACCUGUCGCAGUCUUGGCUGCCUCUACGAGUCCUUUCGAUGCUGAUGCAUCGGCGGUCGUGGAACCGAGAGGAACACAGAAUCGACUAUUUAUAUGCAUAAGUAUUUUUUGAUGUUUCGUUCGAUGUGGUUAACUAUAACUAGCCUAAGGUAUCACUACUAUUACCACAUACAACCUAUACAUAUAUAAAUAUAUAUAGCAUAACUACAUAUAGCGACUUUUUCCUAAGUGUAUUUGCAUCUGCAUAUAGAUAUCUAUAUUUAUAUUUAUAUCAUACGAGAGAGGCGUAAUCCGAACAUGAACAAACAACAAACAAACAGAUUACAUGAAGCAUAAACAAAAAAUGAAAAAACGAAUCAAACUCGAUACUGUAGUGUGUUGAUUUCUUUGUAAAAAAAACUAAAAACUAAACGAAAGAGAUAUGAAAUUAAGAGAAGAGUAAACUGUAUGGAUAUUGUUUAACUAAAUGAUUAAAUUAUGCAAGUAGAACGUACAAGAUUAGCAUUUAGCGUGUGUAUUAAUUAUCCUUAUCUGUGUUGCGGAUGGAGCUGCGCGGGAUUUGCAUCUAAAAGACAAAUUGGGCGCGCCGCCCAUUCAAUUCUUAUAAAUAUAAAUAUAUAUUAUGUGUAUCUAAAUCUAUAUCUGUGUGUGUACUACUCGUAUUCGUAGUUUCUACGUUAUACGUUCUCCGUGAAUGACUACGAUGAAUUUUUCGGCCAGCAGCCGCACAUUAAUUUUAAUUGUUUCUAAGCAUCAAUUUGUACUUUAAAUAUUUAUACGCAUAUGCAUAUAUGAUAUGAUAACGAUGGCGAGAUAUAUAUGUAAUUAAAGGAUUAUCUAUGUGAAUGUGGGUGUGUAGUAGUUCACUAGCCGCUUCAUAGACUCUACACGCGUGAUUUAUGGCACUUAAUGUUCUAUAGCCUAAGCCCCCAAUAACUGAACAAGAAUCCUGACCCCCGAAACUCCCGCUUCCUAUCCCAAAUACACAUUGAUUCUUUAGAAUUUAUAAAUAAAACAAGUAUUGAAUGUAAAUAUACCUUAAAGCGAGUCUUUUGUAUUGUAAAUUAGUUCCACUGAUUGAUUUGGUGGCCCUGCUUAGUGCUUUGCCACCAAGUUCGUGUUAUAAACAUUAAUGCAUCAUAUUGUAAUGUACUAUAUGUGUUGGCAGCAUUUGCUGUGAACCGCAAACGGCAAACAAAAUGAAAGCGAAUUACCGAUUAAUAGCAAUUUGAAUUAUGUCUUCAUGUGUAGAUCAGCGAGUGUUUUCCUUACAUCCAUUUAGAGUCGCUAGGUUUUUUGACAUUCUCAAUGCAAUUUGUAAUCAAAUCAUAGAAAGCAUUUGACUCACGGAUACACACACACAACAUAACAAUUAAAUGGGGUUUAACAAAUUACCAUAAUGGCUUAUGCAAAGGUACAAGCAAGAGUUUUAUACAAAUUAUGUAUUUUAGAGAAGGGUGAUGGAGAGAUGAAGCGCAUUGAAUUGAAUUCGAAACAAUGAAAUUGUAUCUAAGCAAAGAAUGUAAUCCACAAAAUGGCUAACUAAAGCUAAAUCAAGCAUUCAAAUAUGGACGAAUAUGAACAAAAAAAAACACAUAACUAGCGGCUAAGAAAUUUCAACAAAAUAUAGUACACAUAUUUAAAGUAUAC